CCUGGGCUGGAGGAGGCCCCGCGAUGAUGGAGGAUGCGACGCCGCUGGGAUUUGCGGUGACAAAAGGGGUUUGGUGCCGCUGGAAGGACCUGACGCCGGUUGUGUGGGCUCAGCAGGCGAAGUGCUGCUGUCAGCUCCCAUCACAAAGCCAGCAGAUCCAAAAACCGUGGGCUGAUUUCCCACCUUUCAGCUCCGUGUUCAAUCCCUGCGCUCCGCUCCUGCCUAUGGAAGGGUCUGUCGCUUCGGGAUGCGCUCCGCUGCUAAUUAAUCCCCUCCCUUAACGAGCUCAGGCUCCGCCAGAACGGGCGACAAGGAUCCAGGGAGACGCAGAGCAGCUCCGAAAAAAAAACCAAAACAGGAACUUUGGGCAGCGAUGAGAACAGCGUCGAAUAUCCUGCAACCCGAAACCCCGCGCGUUCGUUCCCGGAAAUGGGAAGCUGUGUUUGGGAUCGGGGACGUUUGUGUCUGCCUUCCUGUUGGGAAUCUCCUCGAGCUCUUCCUGCUCCAAACCUCUCCUGUGGAUGCAGAAAUGGAACCUUUGGCAGGAGGAGCCGCUGCCGUUGGAGCUCUUUGCUUUUCCUUAUUGCUGUCCCAGCGCACAUCUUUCUUCCAGCGGUAGCCUCAAAAAUGGAGGUGGGAGGGCUUGGCUGGUGAAGGAGCAGCACCCGACACCUCGAAGGGUCGAAGGAUUUAAGAUACUCUAUCUAAAGGCAUUUGUGCCUGAAGCCACGGAAGAUAGAUGGACAAGCCAAGCAACUUCUGACCCUGCAUCAUUUUCUGGGGCAAAAUUGUAUGGCAAUGUAUCCUACAAGGGUGUCUGGUGAGGAAUGCAAUGGGAUCAAUAGCAUGUCUGCAGAGAGCGGCCCCGGGACGAGACUGAGAAAUCUGCCAGUGAUGGGCGACGGCCUCGAAGCCACCCAGAUGUCGACAGCGCAGGCGCAGGCGCAACCGCAGCAAGGCAGCACCGUCGGCGUCAACCCCCCUCCUCCAGAGACCUCCAACCCCAACAAACCCAAGCGGCAGACCAACCAGCUGCAGUACCUGCUCAAAGUGGUGCUCAAAACGCUAUGGAAGCACCAGUUUGCGUGGCCUUUCCAGCAGCCCGUGGAUGCUGUCAAGCUGAACCUCCCCGAUUAUUAUAAGAUAAUUAAAACGCCGAUGGACAUGGGAACAAUAAAGAAACGCUUGGAGAAUAACUACUACUGGAAUGCUCAAGAAUGUAUCCAGGAUUUUAACACGAUGUUUACAAACUGUUACAUCUACAACAAGCCAGGAGAUGACAUAGUCUUAAUGGCAGAAGCUCUAGAAAAGCUCUUCCUGCAGAAAAUCUCCGAAAUGACGCAGGAAGAAACUGAAAUCGUUAUAGCCCAGACAAAAGGGAGAGGACGCGCGCGGAAGGAAGCAGUGACAUCCAAGCCAGGAUCAUCCACGGUACAGAACACAACCCAGGCCUCGUCCCCAGCCCAGACUCAGGCCCCACAGCAGAACCUCCAGGCCGCACAGACCACCCAUUCCUUCCCUGCUGUCACCCCUGACCUCAUCGUCCCGACGCCCGUGAUGACGAUGGUGCCUCCACAGCCCCCGGUGCCGCCUCCGCCGGCCCCCCAGACCCCCGCCCCGCCGGCCCCGACCCCCCAGCCCAUCCAGCCUCACCCCCCCGUCAUCCCCACGCCUGCUCAGCCCGUCAAGACGAAAAAAGGAGUGAAGAGGAAAGCAGACACCACCACGCCGACCACCAUCGACCCGAUCCACGAAUCGUCCUCGCUGCCCACCGAACCCAAAUCCACCAAACUGGGCCCGCGGAGGGAAAGCAGCCGCCCGGUGAAGCCCCCAAAGAAGGACGUCCCAGAUUCCCAACAGCACACGGUAGAAAAGAGCAGCAAAGUGUCGGAGCAGCUGAAGUACUGCAGCGGCAUCAUCAAGGAGAUGUUUGCCAAGAAGCACGCGGCCUACGCCUGGCCCUUCUACAAACCCGUGGAUGUAGAAGCACUGGGGCUGCACGAUUACUGCGAUAUCAUUAAGCAUCCCAUGGAUCUGAGCACGAUCAAAUCCAAACUGGAGAACCGGGAGUACAGAGAUGCUCAGGAAUUCGCCGCCGACGUGCGACUGAUGUUUUCCAACUGCUACAAAUACAACCCUGCUGACCACGAGGUGGUGGCCAUGGCACGGAAGCUGCAGGACGUGUUUGAGAUGCGCUUCGCCAAGAUGCCGGAUGAACCGGAGGAACCGGUGAUCCCGGCCUCCUCUCCCGUGGUGGUUCCACCUCCGACCAAAGUGGUUCCCCCUUCGUCCAGCGACAGCAGCAGCGACAGCUCCUCCGACAGCGACAGCUCCUCCGACGACUCGGAAGAGGAGAGGGCUCAGCGCUUAGCGGAGCUCCAGGAGCAGCUGAAAGCAGUGCAUGAACAGCUUGCAGCCCUGUCCCAGCCCCAGCAGAACAAACCAAAGAAAAAAGAGAAGGACAAGAAGGAGAAGAAGAAGGAGAAGCACAAAAAGAAGGAAGAGCUGGAAGACAGCAAGAAGAGUAAAGCCAAGGAACCGCCGUCCAAGAAGGCCAAGAAAAGUAACAGCAACAGCAGCACCUCCAGUAGUAAGAAGGAGCCGGUGACGGUGAAGAACAGCAAGCCCCCUCCAGCCUACGAGUCUGAGGAGGAGGAGAAGUGUAAGCCCAUGUCCUAUGAGGAGAAGAGGCAGCUGAGCCUGGACAUUAACAAACUGCCCGGUGAAAAGCUGGGCCGAGUUGUUCACAUCAUCCAGUCGAGAGAACCCUCGCUUAAAAACUCCAAUCCCGACGAGAUUGAAAUUGACUUUGAGACGUUAAAACCCUCCACGUUACGGGAGCUGGAGAGAUACGUAACGUCGUGUUUGAGGAAGAAGAGGAAACCUCAAGCAGAGAAGGUGGAUGUAAUUGCUGGUUCCUCUAAAAUGAAGGGGUUCUCCUCCUCAGAGUCUGAGAGCACCAGCGAGUCCAGCUCCUCCGACAGUGAAGAUUCAGAAACAGAAAUGGCACCAAAACUGAAGAAGAAGGGGCACUCUGGGCGAGAGCAAAAGAAGCAUCACCACCACCACCACCAAGCGGUGCAGCAGCAGCAGCAGCAGCCGCCUCCUCCUCCUCAGCCCCCUCAGCAGCCCCCGCCGCCUCCGCCGCAGCAACUGCAGCCGCAGCAGCUGCAGCCUCAGCCUCCGCCUCCGCCGCCCGUCCCCCCGCAGGCCCCGCCGCCGAUGAAAUCCUCCCCGCCUCCCUUCGUACCUGCGCAGGUCCCCGUCAUGGAGCACCCUCUCCCGGGGAACAUGUUCGACACUAUGCCGCAUUUCACUCAGCCCAUCAUGCAUCUCCCUCAGCCCGAGAUGCCGCCUCAUCUUCCCCAGCCUCCCGAGCACAGCACUCCUCCCCACCUGAACCAACACGCGGUGGUCUCGCCUCCAGCUUUGCACAACGCUCUGCCUCAGCAGCCCUCGAGACCCAGCAACCGCGCCGCCGCUCUGCCCCCGAAGCCUCCGCGCCCGCCGGCCGUCUCGCCAGCCAUCAGCCAGCAGCCCAUGCUCCCUCAGCCGCCUCUGCCCCAGCCUCCCCAAGUCCUGCUGGAGGACGAGGAGCCUCCCCCGCCUCACCACAGCCUGCCUCUGAGCACCAGCCAGAUGCAGCUCUACCUUCAACAGCUGCAGAAAGUGCAGCCGCAGACUCCUCUUCUCCCUUCAGUGAAGGUCCAGUCGCAGCCCCAGCCUCCCCUGCAGCCUCCGGCGCACCCCGCGGUGCAGCAGCUGCAGCACCAACCCCAGCAGAGGCCCAUGCACAUGCAACCCAUGCCCUUCCCUUCCCACAUCCCCCAACCGCAGCCACCUCCGCAGCAGCAUCAGCCCCCGCAGCCGCCGCCGCCGCAGCCUCCGCAGCCGGCGAAACCUCAGCAAGUCAUCCAGCAUCACCCCUCGCCACGGCACCAUAAGCCCGACCCCUACUCGACCGGUGAGCAGGAGCCGAGGCCGCAGACCCUGCACCCUUUGGUGACGCAGGGGUGGCUCGGCGUCGCCUCCCAGGGCGCUCGGCUGCGGGUAUCGGGCACCUCGUGGGGGUUUCAGACAACUCGGGUUGGGUGCUGGGCGCUCCGUUGCGUUCCGGGCUCGUUCUGAGCGUCGGACGGCGUUUGCUGGCGCCAGACAACCUUUGCUGGGUGUUGGCCAACGUGUGUUGGCCCCAGGCACUUUCCAUUGAGAGGACAUUGUGUUGUGAUAGGGCACUCUGUGUCGUGAUAAGGUGGUACAUGUCAUGGUCGGGUGGUGCGUGUUGUGACAGAGCAGCGUGUGUUGUGAUAGCACAGUGUGUGUUGUGAUAGGGCACUGUGUGUCGCAAUAGGGCACUGUGUGUUGUGAUAGGAUAGUACAUGUUGUGAUAGGGCAGUGUGUGUCACGAUAUGGUGCUGUGUGUUGCGAUAGGGUGGUGUGCGUUGUGGCAGGGCGGUGUGUGUUGUGAUAGGGCAGUGUGUGUCGUGAUAGGGUGGUACAUGUUGCGAUAGGGCAGGGUGUGCCCUGAUACGGCACUGUGUGUCGCGACAGGGCGGUGUGAUAGGGCAGUGUGUAUCCCAAUAGGGUGCUGUGUGUCACGAUAUGGCGCUGUGUGUCGCGAUACAGCGCUGUGUGUCGCAACAGGGCGGUGUGAUAGGGCAGUGCGUAUCCCAAUAGGGCACUGUGUGUCAC